AUGUUUCGAGCUCGCCGAUACCGAUCUCUGGUCGGAUUCGCGGCGGCUCUUGUCUUCACGUUUUUCUACUUUGCGCGGUCACGCGACUGGAGCUAUACAGUUGUAGAAUCGUCCAUUGGCGUUCAUUCACCCCAUCCGAAUCAACCCGAAACACCAAGACCUGAAAAUGCAGCAGCAGCUGCUGCUAUCGAAGACAGUCAACAUCGUAUACUUCCCAAUCCCUACCGUGGCACUACCGCCCCGCCGCCAGAGAAGAUAAUCUCGCCCGUGGGUCCCAAUAGCGGCUCAAAGGACGGCACCAGCCGGUUUAAAGAAGAUUCCUCCGACACUGCUCCAGUGAAAGUGAAACCGACCAUCGAGGAUGACCCGAAGGACUCUGCAAAGGAACCCGUGAAAGAGCCCGUGAAGGAAUCGACGAAGGUGGAGAAGCCCCAGAGCUUGCCACCACCUACAACGGAUAAUGUCAAUAGUGCAAAUGAGGAGAUUGAUAAUGGAGGGGCCGGCAGAAAGGCCGCAGAGCGCCCGGCACCUGGCAUUGCAACGACCAAGUGGAAGAAGUUCCCAGAACGGUUCCCCGUCCCUGCAGCGGAGGUGAUCAAGCUACCAAAGGAGCAGUCCAAAACAAUCCCCAAGCUACAAGCUAAGUUCAAGGAUGAGUCUAGCUCCGACAAGCAAGAGCGUCUACAACGGCUUAGCGCUAUCAAGGCUGAGUUUGUGCAUGCCUGGAAAGGCUAUAAGGGGAUCGCGAUGGGACAUGACGAAGUAAAGCCUCUGUCAAAGGAGUAUGAAGACCCAUUCAACGGCUGGGGAGCGACAUUGGUCGAUUCUCUUGAUACUCUCUGGAUUAUGCAAUUGAAAGAUGAAUUCUCCGAGGCGUUGGAUGCGAUCAAAAACAUUGAUUUCAAAACAUCACUGAGAGCGGAUAUCCCGAUGUUUGAGACAACCAUCCGCUAUCUUGGAGGUCUUUUGGGUGCCUAUGACAUUUCUGGUCAUCGAUACCCUGUGCUUUUGGAGAAAGCAGAGGAGCUUGCUGAGGUUCUCAUUGGUGCCUUUGAUACACCUAACCGCAUGCCACACCUUUACUAUCGCUGGGCCCCAGAAUAUGCCGCGAAACCACAUCGGGCAUCUUCCCGAGCUGGCCUGGCUGAAAUCGGGUCGCUUUCCUUGGAAUUUACCCGUCUGGCUCAAUUGACCAAGCGGGACAAAUACUACGAUGCGAUUGCACGGAUUACCAACGAAUUGGAGAAAAUCCAAGACUCAACUAGCAUCCCUGGACUGUGGCCUCUACGGGUCAAUGCACAGGGAUGUUCCAAGUACUCCAAGAACACGUCGCCGCAGAAUAACAACCCUACACGUGAGCAGAAUGCCGCUACUGCGACCGAGAGCACUACUUCGGUGACCCAUAGAACUUACGCUGCACCGACAGACCUUGAGAGUUAUUUGAAGCUGCUCCCCCGGGACACAAACGCUGGCAUCGAAAAACAGUCCAACAAUACGAAAGCUGCGGAUGAACCUAGCCUUCAAGCACGCGAGCGAAACAUACCAUCAGCAGAUCAAUGCAAUGGCGGCUUGGGACUUCCCAUUUCACCCCGCGAUAACGUUUACACCAUGGGAGGAAUGGCUGACUCGACCUACGAAUACCUGCCCAAGGAAUACAUCUUACUGGGUGGCCUGAACGACCAAUACCAAAAUAUGUAUAAAAAGGCAGCCACGGCAGCCCGCAAGUCCCUUCUCUUCCAGCCUAUGGUCAAAGGUGGACGUGAUAUCCGGUUCAUGGCCUCGACUUCUCCAGUGACUCCUGGAAAGAUCGCAGAGCUCACUCCUACCGAUCUUGAAUACGAAGGCACUCACUUGGAAUGUUUCAUUGGCGGCAUGUUCGCCAUAGGAGCCAAGGCCUUUGGAAUCGAUGGUGAUCUGGAACUCGCAGCCAAACUGACCGACGGCUGUGUUUGGGCUUACGAGUCGACACAAACCGGAGUGAUGCCUGAGCGCUUCCGCGUCUUGCCAUGCGAGAAAGGCUCGGCCUGCGAGUGGGAUCCAGCCCGCUUUGAGGCUGGCGUGGCACGCUACUCGCGUGUAGACCCCGGGGCAGGACAUUCGUUCCGCAAUGGAGAGAGCAGCUACGAACAGCGCGUGAAUUUGAUUUCGCACGAUGCACCGUCAGGAUCCGCGGGUGGGUCCAUUCCCAUCCCCAUGCCGGGCUCAUUAAACCCUCACGAUAGAGAUGUGUUGCCCAAGCGCGAUGGACUAGGAAACCAUGUGGAACCGUCAUCUAUUGCUUCAAGCUCGAGUCCUUCUUCGAGUCCUUCUCCCGAUGAAGCUGACUUGCAGAACCGAGAUGUACCCCGGUCAUCUUCAACGCUCGCAUCGCCUCGCAUUGCCGAAGGCGGCAAAGACCACGUCCCAGCAGGCAUGACCAGUAUCCCAUCGCCGACCUACUACCUUCGGCCAGAGGCGAUCGAGUCUGUCUUUAUUAUGUACCGUCUGACUGGUGACGAAUCCUGGCGUCGCAAGGGAUGGCAGAUGUUCGAAGCAAUCUCGAAGUAUACCCGGACUGAGCUGGCCAACGCAGCCAUUCAAGAUGUCACUGCUCAGAAACCGAUCCAUAAGGAUACGAUGGAGUCUUUCUGGCUAGCUGAGACGUUGAAGUACUUCUACCUUUUGUUCAGUGACCCUAGUGUGGUGGAUUUGGAUAAAUAUGUUCUGGAAAUGGAGCCCGAGGCCUCGGAGACUGAGUUCUGGACUGAACUUCAAACGAUCGUCUCCAAGCCAUGCGACUCCGAAGACCAGAUAGACGAUGCCCUCCGAGCUUAUCUUAGUCUAACAACCCAACACAAAGGUGAAUAUCUACAGUCGGAAACCGAUAUCUCGCGAUGUUCGUAUAAGCUAUUUACUUCGAGCAUCUUUGCCAACCAUGCGGACUACGUGCGACGACAGAUUCUCUACGGUCUUUUGCAGGACGAUGACCCGGAUACCCUCCACUUCCUUGCGUCAUUCAUACUCUUUGACGGGCGACAAAAUGAGGUUGUGCUUCAGAUGCUGAAUGAUGAGGGUGUGUUUGCGCGUCUCCUCGAGCUUAUACAGGCGAUGCGGAGGGCGGAUCUGGAUGGCGACGCGGGUCUUCAUCGUUUGUUGAUGGAUCUUGUGUAUGAGAUGUCGAGGAUACAAAGGGUCAAAAUUGAAGACUUAGUUCUCGUGGAUGACGAUUUUAUUCGCUGUCUCUUUGAUAUUAUCGAAGAUCUCUCUUACGACGUUACGGAUCCAUAUCAUUACCCCGUGAUUCGGGUGCUGCUCGUUCUGAACGAGCAAUUCAUGAUCUCGGCUCAUGAUCCGGUGGACGGCCGCCCCUCUGGUCAAUUGACCAAUAAGGUUAUCAAGGUCCUAUCGAUGUAUGGUGGGAUGUACAAGACAUUCGGGGAGAAUAUCAUUCUUCUUAUUAACCGUGAAGCCGAGACAUCCCUUCAGUUGCUCACAUUGAAGCUUCUGUAUCUCAUAUUUACCACUCCUAGCACAUAUGAGUACUUCUUCACAAACGAUCUGCACGUUCUGGUCGAUAUAUUGAUCCGGAACUUGCUUGAUCUACCCGAGGAGGCCUCCGCGCUGCGGCAUACUUACCUGCGUGUUCUUUACCCGCUUCUAGCCCAUACACAGCUACGAAAUCCGCCGCACUACAAGCGUGAUGGACUUCGAAGGCUACUUAAUAUUCUCGUUCGAGGACAAGUUUCAUAUGGGAACGACUCAGAGCACGAGAAAAUCAUGCAUUUUGAAGAGGUCGAUGAAACGACCCGUCGACUUGUGGCUCGGUGUGCGACAGUGGAUUGGCUGCGCGAUACCGAGCAGCCUGACCCAGCAGGGACGCAAGACACGCCCACUCAAGUGACAGUAACUUCAAUUGAAACUGUGCUGGACCAAACCGUCCAACAGACGUCACCCGUAGAUAUCAGCGAACCACUCGAUGGCUCCGGCACACUGUCCCGGACAAGCACAAUCGCUAGCUCGUCUGAUACGACAUCACCAACACGAACUGACUCGUAUAGUUCGUCUAACACGCCAGGUGGUCGGAAACACAGCUUAGCCCACCGGCUCGGCAUGAACCUAGAGCCUGCAUCAUCAUCAUCACUGAGCGUUCAAGCCGUUGCAGCACAGCACGAAAAGCCAGGCAUAAUAACCCCCAGUCGCAAAGAUGGAGUCCACGCCGCCGCCCUCAAUAAUGAGACGCCAAUAAUCCGACCACCAAAGGUCAAACCAGAACCACCGAAAUCUCGUCGCUGGCGCGGGCGCCGUCUGGCCGUGGAUGAAGAAGAACAACACUCUGCCGGCACCAGCAGCGACGGGAACACCAUUCCCGAAGGCGUCGAAAUCAGUCCCACCACCGUUUUCACCCCUAGCACACCACCUCCACAGACACAUACCAGUGAUCAUCGCGACUCCGGGUCAGGUUCCACUCUUGCGCCUCCGGGUCCACGGCCACGGCGGGCCGUAUCCAAUCCACCCCCGGCCCUCCCGCCACCACGCCGUUCCAGUCAUACCACGUCUUCUCAAAGUCGUCACCGGCCCCCAAUCCCCCCAGGCGGAACAGGCCGACAUGGACAGGCUCCACUUCCACCAAAAACGCGCCGUUGGGGACAUGGUAAGCCGCAGCAUGGACAGACUGACUCAGUCGAGAGUGGGGCUAGCAAUGUUAGUCCAUCAAAGGAGCCUGAGAUUGCUGUAAACAACGUCGUGUCAGUUCAGCAAGAACGAUCACCAGAGGACAGUGUUCCUUCAGAUCCUUUCUCGCCGAAAUCCCCUACAAUGUUGAUAUCGCCGUCUGAGGCCACUGCAGACAAGGCAGAUGGCCAGACCAAUGGUGCUAGUGAUGUCCAUGCGCCUGUCAGUGUAGAGGAGGCGCUGCAGAAUGUCUCUCUGCAUUGA